UUUAAAAUAUUUACAAAGAUUUUUAUUUUAUUUUUAAUGACCUACAGUAAUUGUGAGGGCUGACAACAAACACACAUUAGUACUUACAAAUGAGAGUUUGAUAUCUCAGAGCUGUCAUCCACCAAUCAGGAUGUGUCACUACAAACCAUCUGACAAAGACAGUAGUAUUUUAACACAAAGAGAAUAUUUAAAACCCAGUAGAGUAACUUGGAACUUUCAUUGAGUAAACAUGUUGAAAGAUAAAUCCCCUCAAAACUGCAGACAAGUAAACUAAUCUAUAAUACUAAUAUACAUGUCUGUUCUUGUUUAUGUUUCCGUGAAGAGAUUUCAACUGAUUAGUUAGAUAAUGCGGUAGGGUAGUUUUACAUAACAGGAUUUAGCGCUGAAAGAGUUAAACUUUAGUACUGUAGACUUGGACUUUGACUGUAAGGUUAAUAUAAAAUAGAUUUGUAGUUAAGAAGAAAUAACUUUUGUUGAGCACAUCUGCUUCGUCUGAGGGGCUACACGGAAUACUUAAAAGAAAGCAACGUGGGACCAAAAAAGGCCUGCAGGGGAGGAGAACAUGAUUCAGGCAUUGAGACAGACUCAGCAGAACAGGAAACCACUGAAAUCAAUGAAAAACCAGAAGCUGACUUGUGUGCACAUUCCACAUCUCCAGAAUCCAUGCACACAAACAUUGACGAAGGCAUCAGAAAGAGGGUACUUGGUGUCACCAUGCCAGUCGAAAGAAUGCGUAUGCGACCGUGGCUGGAAGAACAAAUUAAUUCAAGUAAAAUACCAGGCUUUAAGUGGGUGAAUAAGGAGAAAAAGAUUUUUCAGAUUCCCUGGAUGCAUGCAGCUCGACAUGGUUGGGAUGUGGAAAAAGAUGCUCCUUUAUUUAGAAACUGGGCAAUCCAUACAGGAAAAUACCAGCCAGGCCUCGACAAGCCGGAUCCAAAGACAUGGAAGGCCAAUUUCCGCUGUGCGAUGAACUCAUUGCCUGACAUAGAGGAGGUGAAAGAUAAAAGCAUUAAAAAGGGGAGCCAUGCCUUCAGAGUCUACAGAAUGCUAACACUGACAGAAAGACCUACAAAAAAAGGAAAGAAAAAAGUGGACAAAGAAGACAAGAUUAAAUUAAUUAAGUUGGAGAGGCCCUGUUCCCAAGGCAGUGGGACCACUGGAGCUGAAGCACAGUUGAAUGUCAUAAUUAAAGAGGAAGUAAUGGUGGACAGUACUGUUGGCAGUCACUUAGAACACGGGAGUUCACCACAAUAUGAAGAGAUGAUCAUCAGCAACCCCCCCGACGUGUGUCAGGUGAUCGAGGUGACGACGGAAAGUGAAGACCAGUCCGUCAGCUCAAGCCACGGCUACCCACUCCAGAUAUCGCCUGUGUCUUCAUAUGGAGCAGAAAGCGAAACAGACAGUGUACAGAGCGAUGACGACACAAAGGGGGCUUCGCUCUGGCAGGCGAGAAGCGGGGAUGGGAAGCUGUUCUACAACAGCACCGGGAACAACACAUGUCAGCUACCAAGUAUGGCCACCUUUGUAACAUCGGGCAAAACAAACUUCAGAGUCACCAGCAACAGAGAGGAGUCCCCCCUGAUUGCCUACAAAAGCAGCCACCCAUGGCCAAACCUUCCCACUUCCUUCUCCCCACCUCCCGCACACAACACCACGGUCACAAGGGCGGGCCAUGAGACACGUGCCAGCGUAAUCAUGAAGACGUCGGAUGUCUCCAAGUCCGGAGUGAAAACCUGCUAAGCAUGUCGUUUUUUUUUUAGGCGAGACAACUGACUGCACUCACCCAGGUAGUGCCACCACACUGCAGUGAAUGACAAGAAACCCUCAUCAGGCACUAGCAAACAGACUGCCAUCUCCGAGCUCAGGACAACUCACUAUGUCAUGGGAAUGAGACUAGAAGCUUCUCCCUUAACGUGAUAUGCGUUACAAUCAGGCAGAAAGAAGGAAAAGAACUGAUAGCAAGAGGACCAAAAAGAAGCAGUAUGUGAAAGUCACAUAGUAUGCAUUGCUGGCAUAUAUAAAAAAAUGUUUUAUUGUGAAUAUGUACAUAGUGCAAUUUUGGCUUAAUUGCAGCUUGCUUCUGCACCUUAUUGAAAGCACUUACUGUGUCAUAGAGCACUUCCAGAUGUGUCAGAUAAUGACACCUACACACCUUGGAGGUUUUUAGAGUUCCUGUGGAGAAGAAAAUUGUCCUGCUUUGGCCAGCCUUUCUUUUUCACUUACGUAAAGAGGUACAAUACGAUCAAGAUAAAGUGAUUUAAUACAGCAAAGAAAAAAUAAGUGCUGGGAAAAAAAGAAUGAUUGAAAUCUUUUCCUAAGGCAAGCUUUUGUAUUUUUAUUUAUAUAUAUAUAUAUAUAUAUAUAUAUAUAUAUAUAUAUAUAUAUAUAUAUAUAUAUAUAUAUAUAUAUAUACAGUAUAUAUAAAGGGAAUAUUCUAUUCAGGGUGAAUUCUAAAUAAGUAGAUGUUUUAUCUUUUUUACCAAAAAUAUAUGUAAUUUUAUGAUUUUAGUUUUUGCUUAAUUACAAACAUUUGAUUGCGUUUCAUGGCACAUUUCGUUCUCGUUUUUUGUAACAAUGUACAAAUUGCCUCUCAUAAGAAACACAUAUGCAGCUAUUAAUCCUGUGGAUCAAUAAAUAUGCAAAGCUUA